AUGUGCUUACGAACGAUGUGCCAUUACACUUUGUGUGAUCAGACGCCAUACUCCUGGAUUAUACAACCAUGCACGCCUCUUGGAACUUGCGAAAGAAUACUCACUAAAGGGUUCCCUCUCGCCGACUUCUGCCCCGAAUGUUACAUGGUGGAAGAUCCCACGACAACCCUUCCUAAUCAAGCUGCGAUUCAAAGAUUCGGCACAGAAUAUGAGUUUGAUCGACUUCAUUUCGAAGAAUCCAACUUCCCGGAGAAAGCUAAUGCUGUGUUGAAUCGAGUGCGUACCUUUGUAAAUAUGAACUUUGAGCCAGAUGUCAGAGACAAUCUUGAUAUUUUUUGCUCCAACGAGCGACUCAACCUCGAUGUUUUUAAUCGUCUUUGGCUCCUCGUCUUUCAACUACUUCUACCUCACCUUUGGCUCACUGUAAGAGCUGGUCGAGCACAGAAAAUACCCCGAGAGCAUAAAAUUAUAAUAUUGCAAUUACGGCAGGCUAUACUUCGAGAUCUUGGAUUUAACUUUGUAGAGGCUCAUUGCAAGGAAAGAAGAGAGGAAGGAAAAUGGAGACAAGCGAUGGGUGCCCACGCCCCGAUCAUUGCAGAAGUUUGCGUCAACCCUCCAGUUGAUAGAUGUAUGAUAUGCCUGGAAUCCCUGAACAGCGGGCCGUGUCUAAAGUUAAAGUAUAACCACACGUACCACAAAGAUUACCUUACACUGAUGGUCGAGUUCAAGGGAUGCGCCAUCUAUAGAGAUGAAUGCCGUGGUCCAUUGCCUGAUAUAUCAGUGAAAAAUGAAGGUCCAUGGCCGGAAUGGCUAGAAGUGUUCGCUCCCUUUCAACGCCCUCGAGUGCAGGAAGAGCUUCUUGCGCAGCCACCUCCUACAGACAGGGAAAUACGUAGAUUAGAGGCGGCUUUCAAUCGAACUCAUGAAGAUACUGCAAGGUUGUACGAGAGGGUGUUGCGUGAUCAACAAAAGCUUUCGAAUGCCAGACUCGAAGUGGAAAGCAGUGAGUACAACAUGCAAGAAGCUGCGUCGAAUAUAACUGAGCUUGAGUGGGUCGUACGUAACAAUCGCAUGGCUGCUGGAGUAGGCAAGGGAAAGGAACCGAUAAGGGAAUCAUAUACGCGCUUAACACAAAUGCUCUACAUGAAAAGGUUGGAGGUAAUGGAUCACGAGUUCGAUCAUAUAAAAAGCAUUGAGGAAUACAACAAGCUACCUUCCGAUUCCACCCAGGAGCUCAAUCAUAGGUUAUAUCGACAAAGAGAGUGGAUAGGCGCGCGAAAUCUAUAUUACACUCAGAAAAGAAAGCACACAUUAGGACUGGCAUUGGAAAGUGUUUACUACAACAUUCUUUCCUUUGUGGGCACAUAUAAUCUUCGCACUCGUAGGGAGGGGGAAGGUGAAGCAGAGGAAAGGUUGAGUCAAUCUGAACACCUGUGGAGACAAAGUAUACUUGCCCGGGAUGACGCUAAAGAUAGAUGGGACUUUGCUCUAUAUCAUAAGUCUAUAUUUGAAUCCAAUAACUAA